GUCUCCAAAUACUUAGCCUUAGAAAAUAAUUUGUUUAUACCCAAAAAAACAUUAAAACAAAAUAUGGCUAGUGAAGAUACACCCCAAGACAUUGCUGAUAGGGAGAUAAUCUUCAAACGUUUCGACGCCAAUGGCGACGGAAAAAUAUCGUCGACCGAACUGGGCGACGCCUUAGGGAGCCUUGGAUCUGUUACAUCUGAAGAAAUUGCUAAGAUGAUGGUUGAGAUUGAUACGGAUGGUGAUGGUUUCAUUUCAUUUAAUGAAUUUACUGAGUUUGCUAGAGCUAAUCCUGGCUUAAUUAAAGAUGUUGCUAAGAUUUUUUAGUUUGUUUUGUUUUUUAUGGAUUGUAUUUUAAUUUGUUGUUUAUUUUUUCGAGUUGGGGGACUCUUUUGACCGCGUUCUCCUUUACGAGCAUGAGUUGUCGCCGUUCUUCUCUUCCUAGAUCCUGACCAUGGGUUUUUAUGUGCAGGAUACACCUUGUAUAAUGAUGAUGUAUUUUGUUGUUUAUUGUAUUUCAUUACAUGAAUUUCUUUACGGUUAUGAGUUGUCGCCGUCCUUCUCUUUCUAGAUCCUGACCAUGGGUUUUUAUGUGCAGGAUACACCUUGUAUAAUGAUGAUGUAUUUUGUUGUUUAUUGUAUUUCAUUACAUGAAUUCCUUGUUUUGAGCUUGAAAUCAUGUAUUUGCUUCUUGUUAU